AUGAAACUAUCAAUGAAGGAUCUGUUUAUGAAAUCAACCUUAGAUUCUAUAUUCAAAGUUGCAUUUGGAGUAGAACUGGACAGCAUGUGUGGUUCAAGUGAAGAAGGCAGGAUAUUUAGCAAUGCUUUUGAUGAUGCAAGUGCAGUGACUCUUCGGCGAUAUGUUGAUAUCCUGUGGAAGAUUAAGAAAGCUCUCAAUAUAGGAUCGGAAGCUGAGUUAAAGAGGAAUAUCAAAGUGGCUGAUGAUUUUGUGUUUAAGCUGAUCUGUAGCAAGACUGAGCAAAUGCAUAAGUCACAAGAUGAUUCUUCUGUAAGUGAAUCACUUCAAGGCUUUUGUUUCUGA